AUGGAUAUGAGUAGUAUGGAUAUGUCAAGCAGUAACAGUACUACAAGUACUGCUGCAGCCUGCAAAAUUUCAAUGCUUUGGAAUUGGUACACCGUUGAUACCUGUUUCAUUGCUAAUUCGUGGCAUGUUAGAAGUAAAGGAGGCUUUGCUGGUAGUUGCAUUGGUGUAUUUUUCCUUGUUUUAGCCCUGCAAUGGUUGCAUCGCUUCUGCCGUGAGUUGGACAUUGCAAUUGCUGAGAAGCAUCGUGCAGUCCAGCAAGUUCGCCUGAGCAAAUCAACUUCUUCAGAUGAAGAAAUUGCAGCCAUUUCUAAACUUUCAAGAAAUUCUUCUAGCAAUCCUUAUGUCAUGACAAUGGGCCACUCGUGGCUUUUCACUUCAAGUCUGACGUCUGGCAUUAUUCCAACUUUCCCUGAACAGUUGCUUAGAUCUGUCUUGUACACCGUGGAGUGGGGAGUUUCUUACAUUAUUAUGUUGUUAUUCAUGUACUACAAUGGUUACAUUAUUAUUUCAUGUAUACUAGGAGCUUUUGUGGGGAAGUUAUUGUUUACCAUGAAUGAGCCAUUGAGUUGCAAUGAUGAAGAAGAUCGCAAAUGCUGUAAAUAG